GCGUGGUUUCGAGCAAAAUUCCCGCGGAAACCUCUGUGCUCAGCGGAGUCGAGACCUUUAACAAAACCAACAAAAUGGACGGCGAGUUAUUCCGUAAACUUGCAUCUAAAAUGGGAAUAACGUCUCCUAAAGUGUUAAGUCAGGCAGAGGAGUACAUGCGUUUGUCUCAGGUGAAGUGCACAGGUCUAACAGGAUCUACAGCCAGCAGUAAGGCUGUUAUCUGCCUCGAGCUGGCAGCCACGGCCAUGAAGUGUCCCAUAGACAAGGAGUACGUGGUCAAGCUCUCAGGAUUGAAUAAGAAAGCGUAUCAGAGCAGCCUGAAGGCCAUGGAGUGCAUGCUGGGGCUGCAGAACAGUCUAGGGCUCAGGGAUCUGGCGGUGCAGUACGGCUGCAUGGAGGCAGUGAAGGUGGCGUCUCAGAUCCUUCAGCGGUACGAGUCCAGUUUACCUGCAGCUCAGCAACAAGACCUCGAUCUGUCCAAACCCCUGUUCACUACGGCCGCUCUGUUCACCGCCUGCAAGUGCAUGAAACUCCGAGUGGAUAAGAAGCUGGCGUCGUCCUCCGGCACCAAGAAGGCCGUGUUUGACAGGCUGUGUGCUCAGCUUCUGAAGUUCGGCCAAGAGAUUUGCAGUGACACAUCAUCUGUGAAGGGAAAGAUCAAAUCGACACAGAAGAGACAGAAGACUCUCACAGAGACGCUGCAGGAAGCAGAAGACGAUGAUGGCUUGCCAACGUCUCCCAAGCAACAGCGGGAAGCGGCACUGAGGGCAGAGGAGUGUGAGGAAGAGACGAAACAAAAUUACGAGGAGUGGAAGAGAAAAAUCCUGGAAAAUGCUCUCAAAGCCAAGAGUGAUGGAGAGUGACGCGUCACCUGUUAGUUUUUUUAUUAUUAUUAUUUAUGGCAUGUUUUUAUUUUUUAGCAUUGCUCUUUUCUUUUAUUUGAAUUUAAUUAUCUUCCCACAUCCCACAUUAUCUUCAUACGUGUGUGUGUGUGUGUGUGUGUGAGCGACUGCUCUUUAAUCAACCCCCUCAUUACCUGUGACUCAAGUGUCUCUGGUGGCAGUGUAAAGAGGCUCUUGUGAGUGUGUGUUCAUAGUCACACUGUUCUCUCUGUGUGUGUGUGUGUGUGUGUGUGGUCCUCAUCUCUGAAGAAAAUCGUUCAACAUUAUGCCCAACAUAGUCUGUACUGCUGUUUUAAUAAAACUAAACUAUCAAACUCUGUGUGAGAGUAAGAGAGGUG